GGCGGCGACUGUCUGUGUUGUUACCACAGAGAUGAUGUUACGCGUUAUUUGGUUCCCUGUAUUUGUCCGCUGAGUCAACGGAGUACUGUCGCUGGGAAUCAAACCACCGCAGCGUAUCAACGAUGGUGCCAUCCAGCUUUUAAACUUUUCAGAGGAUGCAUACGACACGCAGCCCGUCAUCCAUCCCGACAGGUGUCUCCGGAGAUGCCUUGGACCUCAGCUUGUCAGGCGCCCAGCUUUCUAUGUCCAAAAGACCCAGCAGUGCAUCACCUGGGAAAUACUUCUCUCGGUCCGUGUCAGUUUCUGUGGCCAGUGACAGCAGAGGAAAACGCAACACCCUGAGCGAUGCUUGCCUCGGUAGCUCCCGCUCCAUCAAGAACCUUAGGCGGUCCAACAGCACCACUCAGGUUAAUCAGCAGGCCAACAUCAGUUUAAGUCAGGACCCGAGCGAGGACUACCUGUCCCUGUUUGACAGCAGCUCCGAUGGACGCAAGAAGCUGGCCAGCCUCAGCAAGGCCUCACCAGACAGAACCACGUGGAACAUCCUGGAUGACCAGCCCAGAGUUUUCCCCCCACACUCGAGCUCCCGCAGCACCGGCAGCGUGGACUCUCCCACCAGCCUGAAGAAAAGAGAGCCUGGCAUCGCCCUGGCUGCCACUUUCACUGCCAACAACAGAAGCAACAAGGGAGCCGUGGGGAACUCUGUCACCACCAUCUUACACAACAACUACUCUGAGAAACCGCUCACACCGAAGAGCUCCAACCAGAAGCCGUCGUUUAACAACAUCCUGAAGGCCACAGCAAACGAUGAGGUGUCGCUCGAGAACGGCUCCCUGACAAAAUCCCAGAAGAAUUUCUCUUCAGUUUCCUCCACAUCAAACAACAGAUCCCCAGUGUCGGCCCAGCGCGGAAGCCCUGUCCUGUCUCGGAGGAGGGAGGUCACUGAGGAGGAGGCCGAGAGGUUUAUUCAGCAGGUGAACCAGGCAGCAGUCACUAUCCAGCGCUGGUACAGACGCCAUGCCCAGAGACGGCACACUAACCAGGCAGCGCUCAAACGCAUCCUUGCCAACAAAAGAAAGGAGUGGGAGGAGAGAACAGAGGAGGACAGUCACCUGGAGACGCAGCAGAAAAAGGAUGAAGACAGGAAACGGAUUCGUGAGGAGAAAGCUCGUCUGGCCCGCCUCGCUGCCAUCCAGGAGCUGCAGCAGAAAAGAGCCCGGCAGGUUGCAGAGGUGCAGCAUGCUGCUGAGGUGGAGCAGGAGAGCCUGAGACAGACCUGUAUGGUUGGACGCAAGAAACCGCCCAAGAUUUCUCCCACCAACAGAAGUCCAGCCUCACCGAGCAACAACAACCCCAUGUCCCCCACAGACGUCAAAGCUAAGAACACAGAUUCCAAUUUGAAUGUUGUGGCUGACGUAGGUGAGCUGAGUUUCAGAGCCAUUUCCCCAGCUUUGUCCAAUCACAGAGGCUCUCAGUGUUCCCAGGAUCACGAAGACAGAGCAGAUGUAGACAUUUCCGUGGAGCAGCAGCAGCAUCUGGAGAAUGACAGGAAACUGAUUCGUAAGGAGAAGGCUCGUCUGGCCCGCCUCGCCGCCACCCAGGCGAACACAUCUGAUGAGCUGCAGCAGAAAAGGGCCCAGCGGGUUGCAGAGGCACAGCAUGCAGCUGGGGUGGACCCAGAAAACACGAGACAGACUGGUGUGGUAGGGCGCAAGAAACCGGCCAAAAUUUAUCCCAUCAACAAAAGUCCAGCCUCACCGAGCAACAACAGCCUGAUGUCACCCACAGACGUCAAAGCUAAAAACACAGACUCCAAUUUGAACAUUGUGGCUGAUUUAGGUGAGCUCACCAGCUUCAGAGCCAUCUCCCCAGCUUUGUCCAAUUGCAGAGCUUCCCAGUGUUCCCAGGAGAUUCUGCAGAGGUCGGUGAGUGUGGAGGACCAGCGGCAGGGAGCUUUGUCCAGCAGGGCUCAGUCUAAAACCACCCUCAACGAGCUGCUGGACACCCUGAAGCUGUUAGAGGAGGAGCCAGAGAGGCUGUCAGAGCCAAAGUGCUACCGCAAAGAGAAAUACGCCUGGAUAGAUGAGGACGGAGACUCCAACUCUCUGACCACCGACAACCUGGAGCGUCACGGCCAGCUGAGCCACCACCCUGCGCUGCCAGACGGGGGCGCCCUGCUCUCCGAGGCCAAGCUGCAGAGCAUCAUGAGCUUCCUGGACGAGAUGGAGAAGUCUGAACAGGAGAGACCACGCUCAGUGACUUCUGGCUCUCACAGAGAGGCUGUGUUGUCAGAGGAGGAGCUGGUUGGUGUUGAGCAGGCGUCCGCCACCGCUGCCGAAGUCACCGGCUCCAUGAUGAGAAUCAAGCUGGAGCUGGAGGAGAAGAAACGCACCGUCAACAUGCUGCAGACCGCACUGGCCCAGCAGAGGGAGCUGACCGUGAGACAUGUGAAGGAGACCGAGAAGGAGUUGAACAGGAACUUCCAGCUCCAGAAGGAACAAUAUGAAUCCACCAUCCAGAGACACCUUACAUUCAUUGAUCAGCUGAUCAACGAUAAAAAGGCUUUGAGCGAGCGCUGUGAAGGAGUGGUGGUAGAACUGAAGCAGGUGGACCAAAAGUACACCAAGAAGAUUGCACAGAUGCAGGAGCAACAUGAAAUGGUGUGGCAAAUUCUGGGUCCCUUGUGCGAGGAAAUCAAGAAGUUAAAAGAGCUAAUGAGUGCCACAGAGAAGAUCCGCCGGGAGAAAUGGAUUGAUGAGAAAACCAAGAAGAUUAAAGAGAUCACAGUCAAAGGUCUGGAGCCAGAGAUCCAGAAGCUGAUUUCUAAGCACAAACAGGAGCUGAAGAAGCUGCGGACCCUCCAUGAGGCGGAGCUGCUGCAGGCUGACGACCGGGCGGCCCAGCGCUACGUCCGCCAGUGUGAGGAGCUCCGCCAACAGCUGGAGAGGGAGAAGGAGGAGCAGUGCCAGAGGGAGAGGGAACUAGCCAAACAGAGAUAUGAGAAGCAGCUUCAGGAGGAGGAGCUGUCCCUGCAGCAGCAGAGGAGGCGUCUCUACAAGGAGGUGGCAGAUGAGAAAGAGAGGCUGGCUCAGCUGUCUUCAAGGCAGCGUGCUGAGCUGGAGGAUCUGCGGAGGCAGCUGGAGGAGAACAGCUCUCUGGCUGGACGGGCCCUCAGAGAGGAGCUGGACAAGACCAGAGAGGAGCAGGAGAGGAGACACCAGGUUGAGAUGAAGGCUUUACAAGAACGUUUGGACAUCGAAAAGCAGACGUGGGAAGAAAACUACAAGAAAAAAGAGGAAGUGUGGCUGCUGAGCCGCGAGCGCGAGCUCAAAGACGAUCUACGACGAGAACGCGACAAAGAGAUCGAGCUCGCCAUCUGGACGCUGGAGGAGGAGACGAGCAAGGACAAAGAGGAGUGUGAGAGGGCAGCUGACAACAGGGUGAAGCGUGUGAGGGAGAAAUACGAGGCUGAGCUGAGGGAGCUGGAGCGCUCCGAGAGGGCGGCUGUGGAGAAACAACAAGAGUUGAGGAAGCAGCAGAUGGAGAUGGAGGGAGAGCUGAUUAGACUGCAGGCCUUGCUCAGACAGAAAGAACAGGAGACUGAAGACAUCACUCAGACCAGGGACAAGCUGGUGGAUGAGCGCCGCAGCCUGGCGGAGGUGAUAAGGCAGGAGUUUGCCGACCGGCUGGUGAUGACAGAGGAGGAGAACCGCAGGUUGAAAGUGGAGGUGUCAGAAGUCCGAGCGAGGCUACGGCUGGAGGUGGAGAGGGUCACCAGGGAGAAGGAAGAGGAGUUGGCCGAAGUCCACCAACGAGUGAAGUCGGCCAUCUUGAAGAAGGAAGAAACUGUCAGUUGUCUCCGGAAGCAGCAUGAGGCUGCCCUGAAGAGGGCGGAUCACCUGGAGGCCCUGUGGGAACAGCAGAGGAAGCAGCUCCUGGAGAAGUGACCGUCUGGAACCUGGUUUGAUCCGUGUGGACCUCUCCUCUCUGAGCCUCCGUGGUCCGCGCUCUCCCUCCGCUCUGAGCUCUAUCCAUUGUGACGCUCUUCCUGAUUUUCUCUCCCCCCCUUUGGAUGUUGUUCCUGCCAGCAAGACUGAACCUGUGGAACUUCAGAGGCUUGAACAAGUGACUGAACCUUGUCCUACCUCAUUUGAAAAACACAAAAUGGGGAAAUGCACUGGGCCUCACUGUAUAGCCCCCCCAGGCAUGAAGGAGCGUGUUGUGUUGUGUUGUAAGGUCCCUAAUUUAAACGCCACAGACCAGGUGGCACCAGAUGAAAAGACUAUGGAUGGACUUGUCAUUCUUCUUCUUCCCCUUCCAUAGGAGGAUUGCUGCGGUUUGUGUCCCUCCCUCCCUCCCUCCCUCCCCCCCUCCCCCCUGCAGUCUGUGGGAGCAGGAAUGCCUCCAUGUUCCCCACAGAGCUGCCACAGAGAACUGUUCCAGAUGUUACUGAAACCAGCCCAGGCCUGCACUGGUGUAAAGUGGGCUGGGGUUGCUCUUUGUGGAGGACCACUUACAACCAUGGACUCAUGGAUCAGCAUCAGAGCUACAGUAUGAGCUUCUGUCUGCACCAUGUCAACUCCAGGUGCCCCCCUUUUAUCUGCCGAGUCAUGUGUUUAGUCCCAGUGCCCCCCUCCAGGCGAGUGCUAAUUACAGGAUCCAUAACCUCUCCCUCGCUACAGCCCUGAGACCAGCUUGUUGUGUGUGUCUGAUUCAGUUAGAGCUGAUGGAGGUUGUUAGAGAGAGCCAUGAAAGGAAGUGUGGGCUAAUUAAAGGAAGACGAGCGAGGAAGAGCGGGACGUCUGAUGGCGUGUUUGAGGUCGAAGACAGAUGAUUGUAGAACGUGUUUCUGAAUGUGAGGAAGGAAGAGGAGGAUGGGGGGGGGUGGAGGGAAGAAGGAAUGCACAUAGAAAAUGUUUAUAGGAUUAGGAAAGUAGGGCUGGGACAGAGUGGGGUGGUAGGAGGGUUGAGGGGGCACGAGACACGUGACCAGAGGUAUUUUAAAAGCCAUAUAGGUGCCUGAUUCAGAGGCUGCACUGUGACAAGACACAUCAAACUCAACAGGCAAAAUGGGGGGGGGGGGCCUCGAGCCACACACAAAUGUAAACUAUCUGUGUUUCCUGCUCUGUUCUGUAAUUCUCUCAGGAGCCCCCACCUCUCUGCACUUCCAACGAUGUAUUUCAUUCUGUUUUGUUUUUUUCUCACGUUACUUUUCUAAUUUCUUAACCCUCAUAACGAUUGGAGAUAUUCAGAAACCCCUCUCACAGACACAGAAAGUCUUUGUGGAUAAGAUUUCAGAGAGAAAGCUCCAUAGCAUGAGUUAGUGAUGGGUGGGUGGUGAUGGUGGGGGGGGGCUGUAACAAGAGUUUGUGCUGCAGAGAGAAACUCUAAACCUGGAAGUAAAGCCUGUUAUUUAGGCGCAACGUGAUGCGAGAGACCGCACUCGGAUGUGAUUGUAAAGGCCUCCAAAUUAGACCUCAUUUCAGAAGCUAUUUAUUCUGUUUUCUCUCUUUUUUUUUAUUUAUUUUCCAAUUCAGCACUCUUACGUGACCUUUGUAGUGUUAUUGGUCCACAGAAAGGUCAAAGAUUUGAAGUGAAGUUUCUGAAAGCUAGUCAACACGUUAAGUGUUUUUAAUUCUUUUUACAAGAACAUUAAACAGUUACUUGGCAGAACUGAUAACUGCCGGGGUGAAGCUAUAACGAUGCCAUUUUUAGAUGGUUUAAAUACAGUAUGUCAGGUUUUUCUGACAUGGAAGUCGUCCGAGCCGCAAUGUAAAGGGUUCAUAUGAAGUGUAGCGUAGCAGAAGGGUUAAUGUAGUCCAGCUUUAUGUCCUCAGAGGCAUUAAAUUAGAGUGAUUGUUAACCAAUAAACCAAACAUUCACAUCGAUUCCAACCCUCCUUACAGAAGCAAAAGGAGAUAAAAGCCUUUUAGGGAGGAACUGGUUAAAGCGUGUCACUGUCGGUUUCACACUCACUAACUGAGAUUCACUGUGAGUCACGAGGACUUUGACGUGGAGGCCCCGAAGGCCUCGUAGUUUUCCCGCUGCUCUGCUGGUGUUGGCACAGCAGACGGGGGCCGCCGGCCUCGAACCCCCGGGAGGGUGGCGAUGCGAGUUGGCAUUCCUCGCGCAUGCCCGUCCUACAAGCGCCACUGAGCCUUGCCUUUGUGCGUGUGUGUUUGUGUGCCACCACCAUUCCUCCCAUUCUGACCUAAGCUGACCCACAGACACACACACACACACACACACACACACACAAGGCGCCCUUGUUUGUUUUGUUGUUGUUUUUUCCAUUUGUAACUUUGUGUACAAACCAUUCCAGCUGUUCUACACGUGUAACCCUCUGCCCGAACGCGUCGCUCUUGCACACACUGUUUUCUGAUCUUGUGUUAGUCUAGUUUUUGUUGUUAUUCAGGCUGAUGGUUCGAACAACUGUGAAGAAGAUGGUGACUGAUCUGUCAGCAAAAAAGAAUAAAAAGCAAAGACUGUUGGGAAGACA